CAACAAUCACCAUGGGAUUCUUCCAAGGCAAGACCUCCAAGCAGACCACGAGGGUCAAGAAGCUUCUCGGACUCGCCCUGUCGCGCCUCGCCAUUGCACGCCGUCCCCGCCUUGCUCGCAGGUCCAUCUGCCGUAACGAUGUCGGCCAGCUCCUCUCCCUCGGCUACCUCCAUCGCGCUCUCCUCCGCGCAGAGCAGGUCAUAGAGGAGGAUAACAUGCUGCAGGCGUUCGACAUCAUUGAGCUCUGCUGCAAGCGACUCGUCGAGCACGCAACACAUUUAGACAAACCGCGGGAGUGCGGCGAAGAGAUAAGGGAGGCGGCUGCCGGGAUCAUGUUUGCAGCCAGGUGGUGCGGCGACCUGCCGGAGCUGCAGGUCGCGCGCACCAUCCUAGAAGACAAGUUCGGCAGCGACAUGGCUAUGAUCGCGAAGGAGGGGACCGACAUUGUCGAUCCCAUGUUGGUGUGGAAGCUAUCCGGCGAUAAGACAAACAUGGAGCUGAAGAAGAAAGUGACCAAGGAAAUCGCCGUCGAGAACAGUUUCAUGGUCGACUUCUCCGAGCUCCAGCUGCAAGAAGCAGUCUAGCUAGCACGGGAACACUCACAGAAGAAGUCCAUGCUAGGAGUUCGACCACGAAACGACGUCUCAAGAAGCACGCGAAUGGAUGAAUGUUUAGAGCCAGAUUAUGGUCUUCCAUCCUCACAAAGGACGAGUGCCCUAUUCUUGGAGGCAGCCUGGCCAAUCCAGGCAGCAACGAGGAGGAAUGGAGGAUGCACCUGAGAAUUCCAAGCAAUUGGCAGCUGAAACCCAAGGCUCACAAAGUUUCAAGAAUAAUAAUGCCUCAAACAGCAGCAAUAAGGGUUUUAGAAAUUGAAUAAUGUUCUAUUGUGUGCGACUAUAUAUGACAUGCUCUAAGCUCUUUUUAUGCCCGUCUGUGAAAAACAUUCAAACUGUCGUGAGUUGGUGAAGAAUUUGUUUAACUAUAUCUAUCUAUUGAUGAAUAUAUUUAAUUAAUUAUUGUAAUCUCAUUUAUUUUCUAUUUACCAUAUCUUUUAUUAAGAUACCAAAUUAACAAAUCAUAUUACAAU